AUGAAGUUCUCCGCCACCCCUAUUUUCGUUUUAAUCGCAAGUAUCGAGCAUGCCACCGCCGUUCGUUUCCUCGGCCGCGUGAACCCAGCCACCCGUGAACUCACGUGGCCCGGAACAGGAGUAUCAUUUUCCUUCAGCGGCACCACCGCUAGCAUCGGGCUCGAAGGAAUAUCCGGCUCCAACAGUGCUGAGCUCGUCGUCGACGGCGUCUCAACCGUCAUCCUAAACGUAAACGGAACCUCCAUCAACACACCCUCUUCACUCCCCCGUAGCCAACACACUGUCACCCUCCGCAAACGCUCCGAAGCCCUCUUCGGCACCAUAACCAUCGGCAACAUCACCACCCCCGGUGGCACCCUAACCGCCGACACAUUACCCAAACGUAAAAUUCAAUUCAUCGGUGACUCCAUCACCGUCGGCUACGGCCUCGACGGCACCUUCCCCUGCACCAACGACGCCGCCGUAGAAAACAACCCACGCACCUACGCCGCCCUGGCCGCCACGGCCGUCAACGCAGACUACGACAUCAUCGCCUGGAGCGGCAUCGGACUAACCAGAAACUACAUCUCUUCCACCCCCGACCCCAGCGACACCAUGCCCCAACGCUGGACCCGGUACGGCGCCCUCGACCCCCGCGGCAGCUACACCUUCCCCCCGUCUGCCACCCCCAACGCCGUCGUCAUCAACCUCGGCACCAACGACUUUGGUUACCAAGCCGGAAUCCGCGAUCCCAUUGUGCCGUCCAACUUCACAGCUGCAAUGGUGAGCUUUGUGAAGACGAUCCAAGGUCGUUAUCCCAAGGCGACGUUUUUUCUGCUGACGAGUCCAAUGCUGGGGGAUGGGUAUCCCGCUGAUCAGAUGCAGAAGACGGUGCAGAAGGGGGCGCUGGAGGAGGCGAAGAAGGUACUGAGUGGUAAGGCGAAGGUUGUUGUGGUAGAUAUUCCGACACAGGGGAGUGUGGUGGGAUGUGAUUACCACCCUAAUGCGCAGACGCAUAAGGAGGAGGCGGCAAUUUUGGAGGCGGCGUUGAAGAAGGGGAUGGGGUGGUAG